AUGGCAUCACUUGCGCGACUCACAGGCGCCGGCCUAGUAGCCCUCGCAACACUCUCCUCCGCCACACCCACACCCAACAACGCCUUCCGACCAAGCCACGAUGCCGCCCGACGAAACGCCUACGACAUCUUCAACGCGAUCCACUCAGCCAUGCGCCAGUGGGGAUCCUCUCUCAACCACAACGGCAUGUCCUCCUUUGUCGUGACCAUCCCACCCGGCGUCCUCCUCCACCACGGCACGCGCCAGCCACAAGGCCCUAAAGGACCAGAAUGGCUCGCCUUUGAAGUCGAACAUGCCGAACUCUUAGCCCAUCCACGUCCGGCGCACACCCCAAGCCUCCUUUUCGACCAACAACCAGAACAACAACAACAGCAACCCAUCUCCUCUCAACACCAACCACCAAAACCAACAACCGACGACUCCCACGGCUACCUCUUCAGCUACCUCACCACCUCCCCCAUCCCCCUCCUCUACCUCGACGGCACCUCCGCCGGCAGCACGGACAUGGGCACCCUCGACACCCAGGACAUCCUCCUCCGCCUCAGUCCCAACUCCUCCAUCUGGGACGAAUACCCACGCGCCUUCGACCUCUGCGACAUCGUCACUCCCUGGGGGCUCCAAGGCAUUCUGCGUAUGGAAGCCGGAUUCGAGGUCAUUAAAUGUGAUUUUGCCCAGGAGAUGGAGAUGGUUAGUGGGAAGGGGAUGCGACGGCCGGAGGUUGAUGGGGGGCUGGAGUCGGAGGUGGAUGUGGAUGGUGGGAGGAAGGGGUGGAUGUUUGGGUUGGUAAGGGCGGUUGGGCAGAGGUUUGGGGGGGUGGGGGCCGGGGGGGUGAGGGUGGAUUGGGGGAGUAUGGUGUCGGCGUGGUUUUGGGAGGGGUUGGAUUUGAGGGGGAGUGGUGGGUUGCCGAGGUUGGUAGGUGUUGGGGGGAAGGAGUUGAGGGCGAUUCGGGGGAGGGUGGAGGAGGUUGUUAGGGAGAGGACUGGGGGGAAGGGGACUGGGGGUAAUAACGUGGGUGCGGUCGACUGGCAGGGGGUGGUGGAUAUGGUGGUUAGUCGGUACGCGGACAGGUUGAGGUACAUGGCGGAAGGGGUGCACGAUGCGGAGACGAUGCGGAUUGAGUUGAAUGGGGCGUUGAAUACGCACAUUGACUAUUCCAUACAGGACACAGAAACACGCUCGGAGGCGGCUAUCGACAGGUGUUCUAGUUUCUACACCCUUGCUGCCUCGCCACAGACGCUGGAAGAUGGCUUGAUUCUCACGGCUGUUGAGACAGUUGCACGAGAUAUCUGCUCGACUUUAUUUGAGGCUCGCAACUUGUUCGCCGAGGACCCCGCAGCAAACGACACUUCUGUUGCCAGAGCCCAACAAAUCAUCCAACAGCUUAUGAACAGGCUGAAGUGGACUAAGUGGAAGAAAUGCCCAGCAUGUGGGCUGGACGAAGUCUGCUGGGCCCCGUUGUGGCCGCUUGGCGACAAGGAGUCGCACGAGAGACCGAACUGUCGGAAUGCCUCUAUGAUUGAUAAAGAGUGCGUCAGCCGCGAAUCGAACGCGGGGCCCAUCGAUGGCAACGAUGGAUUUUACCACUAA